AUGAGACCUUUUCACAUUCAAUUGUUAAGCAAUGUUAUGCUAAUAACAUUAGUUCUUAAUCUGUUUAUCACUCUGGCGACCGCAUUUGCACCUACAAGUCGUUAUUUUCAAAGCAGCGUCGUUAUUGGUGAUAAAAUAUACUUCUUAGGUGGUAUUGGUGUUUCUGGCAGAGGCUCUAAUGAAAUAUUCUAUUUAGAUGUUUCUUCACCAUUUAACAUCGCAAAUCUUAAAUGGACUGAUCUCACAAUUAUUGCCCCUAUUCCCGUCGCUAGUGCUUUCUCACCUUCUUGCUCUGGUGGAAACAAAAAUUCUACUAUUUUUUUAUUUGAACACCGCAGCACAAAUACUGUUAAUUCGACUUCUUUAGUGACAUUUACCUUUGAUACAACGACUCAAAAAUGGUCUAAUGCAAUAACAACAGGUACUGCACCACCAACCAGACAGGAAAUGAAAGCUGUUGUUGAUAAGAAUGGCAGAAUAUAUAUUUCUGGUGGAUUUGAUCCAUAUACAACCCUGAGAUCUUCUAAUAAUACUUAUGUACUGGAUUCUUUGAGUUUAUCUUGGCUCAGUAGUUAUCCUAGUGCUCCGAUUAUACGAUCCGAUUAUGCUGCUAUACUUUUACCAAGUGGGCUUAUAGUAUAUAUAGGAGGAACAAAUGAUGACACAACAGCUACAGAAAUUGAUAUGACAAAAUAUCGUAAAUAUCGUCCUGAUGAUGAUCCUUAUAUUGCUACUCCGGGUACGGGUAAUCGCGAAUAUCGCGAACAUGCUACUUCAGGUACAAAUAUUCACGAAUCUAGAUACGGUGCUUCAACCCCUUCCACAAUUACGAAUCAAUACGUUGCUCCUUCUUUCGUCUCAAAUAUGAGUUCUACGCAAUAUCCUGAUGCCCCGAAUUUUACGUAUCAAUCUGGUGCUCCUGAUGCUGCUUUCAUUCAUCCCGGCACGCCCACCCCAGGUAGUAUGCAUAACCAAAAUGUUUUUGCUCAAGGUCCUCAAGGCAGUUCUAUCCAUGUCGUUUAUACCCAUGGCCAUGUUGCCCAAAAUGUUACUGAUGGUAUUCCCACACCGGGUACACGUUCCAUAUAUAGUAAUUUUACAAAUAACUCAUAA